AGGUGAUUGAAACCAACCUUAAGCUCUUUUUACCUUCAUCCUAAAGGUAGCCCCGAUUAUUGUUGACUUAAGCAUCGGAGUGUCUACCUCGAGUUCCACCUCAGGGUUUUUCAGGUCAAUCCGGAGUGCAGACACGGACUGAAGAAGGACUUCUGGUUUGGUGCAUUUACAUUUGGCACCGUCUGUGGGAAACCGAAUUGAAAGCUUUCUUGUUGCUCUCUCAUAAUGGUUAACACUCGAUCAGUCUAAGUUGGAAAUCCAUCUCAGCCUCUCGGACAAGGUCAAGUCCCCAACAACCUUCCAUCUCACCUCCCACCUCAAAUCCCAAAUAUGUUCCCUCUUGUUGAUCAUGUAGAAGGAGGAGAUGAAAACCAACCUCACAACUCAGCUCACAACUCAGCUUCUACCGCCAAUCAAGACGUAGUUGCAGUUCAGCUUGCUGUCAUGCAACAACAGUUUGGUGUUUUUCAGUUAGUAUUGGCUCAGCUCUUAGCUCGAAACAACCUUGCACUAGCUCAGCAACCCCUUCCUGAUGAUGUCACUCAACAUCUGGACAGCUUAGAAAAAUUGGUAGCUGAACAGCGAGGUGCCCCACCUCCACGCUAUAUUGCUGACUCCAUACCCCAUCCUCUAAACACCAACAUCACACUAGAACCCUAUCCCGCUGGCUUUAAAAUACCUCAACUUGAGACUUAUGAUGGGACGAAGGAUCCCGAUGAUCACCUACAUGCUUUCUAUUCUUUGUUGGAAGUUAGUUCUUUCGACCAGGCUGUGGGAACUGCAGCUGUGAUCUCAAGUCUUAACCAUGAGAGAUUCGGAGAUAGUUUGAUCAAGCAUCCUACCACAACCUUUAAUGAGGUGAAUGAUAGAUCCUUGAAAUUCAUAACUAUUGAGGAAUAUACCCUGUCGCAGAAGCCAACCCCCUCUAAGAACCAAAGCCCAAAUUGGAGAGAUGAGAAUCAGAGCAGGAAACGAAUGAGGACAGUACAGAACCGAGGUCCGAUGUCGACCUCCACACCGAGAUUCGGAAGGCCGAACUUAGCACCUCCACAACAAUCUGCAAGUAAACCUCCAGUUACUUGGACCCCUUUUACUUUGCCGAGGUCACAGAUUUUCAUGCAGAUUAAGAGUAAGAUGAACUUAAGGCGUCCGGGCCCAAUGAGAACUGCUGCUGGGGUGAUAAUACCUCACAAUGACCCUUUGGUCACCUCAGUAAUGAUCAACAACUGUCAAGUCCAGCGUGUACUUGUUGACACUGGCAGUGCACUUGACAUCAUUGGCCGAACCUAUGUGACUCCUUCAAUUCGAUUUAUGGUGGUCAAGAUGCCUUCCUCUUUCAACAUCGUCAUUGGCCGGCUCACAUUAAUAGAGAUCCGAGCUGUGGUCUCUCAAUCUCAUCUCUGCAUGAAAUUUCCAAUCCCCAUGGGAAUUGCAACACUCAGAGUGAUGGGGGUUGAAAUCCUUGAUAACCGACCUGAGGAUGAAACCCGAGCUGCUCCGGGUGAAGAUGUAGAGGAGGUACAGAUUGAUGAAAAAGAUCCGAACAGAAAAACACAGAUAGGAACUUGGUUGAACCCUAAGGAGAAAGCAGAGUUGAUAACAUUUCUCCGAACCAACAAAGAUGUUUUCGCAUGGACCUCAGCAGACAUGCCAGGGAUUCCCACCUUGAUGUGCAUCGAUUACACUAAUCUCAACCAGGCAUGUUCAAAAGACUAUUACCCAAUGCCAAACAUUGACAAGCUAGUUGAGGUAGCUUCUGGAAACGAGAGAUUAAGUCUCUUAGAUGCAUACUUUAGUUACCACCAAGUCCCGAUGGCUCCUGAGGACGAAGAUAAAACCUCAUUCUAUGCCGGAGACGAAAUUUAUUGCUACAUGAUGAUGCCCUUCGACUUAAAAAACGCAGCUGAAGAUCAUUUAACUGACCUCGAGGAGAUAUUCAACAAUCUCAGAAAAAAUAGAAUGAGGGGGAUUGAGGUUAACCCCAAGAAGAUCAAAGCAGUAGCCAAGAUGGAACCACCGAAGUCAGUAAAAGACGUGCAGAGGCUGACAGGGAGAGUAGCAGCUCUUCAUAGAUUCAUCUCGAAAUCAGUAGAUAAAUGCCUGCCAUUCUUCAGGAUCAUGAGAUCAGCAGCCCAGAAGGAUGAAUCUCGCAAACAAAAGAAGUUUGAAUGGAAUUCAGAAUGCCAAGCUGCAUUUGAUGAGCUGAAGUCUUAUCUUAGCUCACCCCCUCUACUGACAAAGCCAAAAAUGAUGGAAAUCAGCAUAGAUCCUAGCACACCGGGCUGGACAGAUCCAAUUAUCUCAUUUUUACGAGGUGGAACAGUGCUUGUAGAUAAACAAGAAGAGAUGAGGUUGAGGAAGAAAGCAUCUCGGUAUACCCUUGUUAAUGAAGUCCUCUACAAGAGAUCCUUCUCACUCCAUCUACUCCGCUGCUUGAACCCUUAUGAGGCUGAAUACGCACUUCAGGAGGUGCAUGAGGGUGUCUGCGGAAGUCACAUUGGUGCUCGAACUUUGGCUCAUAAAGUCCUUAGACAAGGAUAUUACUGGCCCAACAUGUAUAAAGAUGCCACUCAGUUCGUACAGAGGUGUCAGAAAUGUCAGUUCUUUGCACAUCUAAUUCAUCAGCCAGCAAAAGAGCUCACUAAUCUGAUUGUGGCUGAUAAUGGAACUCAGUUCAACUGCUCCUCAUUUAGAGAUUUCUGCUCCAGUUAUGGGAUCAAAUUGCAGUUCACCUUGGUGUACCACUCGGAGUCUAAUGGGAUGGUAGAAUCUAUCAACAAAGUUAUACUCGAGGGGAUAAAACCAAGAUUAGAGCUGCAUAAGGCCAGGUGGGCAGACGAGCUCAAGAACGUUCGCUGGGCAUACAGAACUACGAGCCAAACUACCAUAGGUGAAACACCCUAUCACUUGGCCUUUGGUACCGAAACAGUCAUUCCCAUCGAGAUAGGAGUCCCAAGCUUCAGGGUCACCCAUUUCGAUGAAGGACGAAAUGGACAACUGCUUCAUGAGAACCUUGAUCUGCUUGACGAAGUUAGAGAAGAAUUAGCACCAAACUGGGAAGGCCCCUACACUUUAGCCGAAGUGCCGCACCUAGGUGCUUAUAUCCUAUGGGACACUGAAGGCAAAAGGGUUCCUAGAGUCUGGAAUAUCAAUAACUUGAAGAAGUUCUAUCCUUAAUACACUUCUUUCAAGUAAACUUUAUCUUAUUUUUUAUAAUCAUCAUUAUUCUCUCUCUUUCUGCUCAAUCUAAUGUAUAUACGAGCUCAAUUCAUUUAUCUCAUUAAUGAGUUUCACUUCAUGUUCGAAGUGAUUCAAUUCUUUCUACUCUUCUGUACAUUGAAAGUGAAUUUCACUUAUACCUGAAGUUAAUUCAUUGUGACUUAUUUAGUCACUUCACUUUCUGGGUUACUAUUCUAUUAAUCAAUUACACUUUACUUU